GCGUGCUUUGGAGUUGUAUCGUAACCUCUACUUAUUGGUUCUUGAUGGGACUAAUUAGCCUGUAGCUAAUGCUAGCUACGAAAUAUCAACAGGAAGUAACAGACUAGCUUGCAAUGUCCUGCACUUUGAGUUCUCCAGGCAUGAACUGCACCUUAGAGAAGGUCCUGGCAGAUGCCAAAUCCUUAGUGGAAAGGCUUCGUAACCAUGACAACGCUGCUGAGAUGUUAAUCGAACAGACAACAUCGCUCAACAAGCGAGUGGAGGCCAUGAAACAGUACCAGGAGGAGAUAGACUCACUGAACCAAGUUGCUCGACAUCGUCCCCGCUCCAGUCUAGUCCUGGGAAUCCAGCAGGAGAACCGUCAGAUCAGAGAGCUCCAACAGGAAAAUAAAGAGCUACGGACGUCGCUGGAGGAACAUCAGUCUGCGUUAGAGCUCAUCAUGACCAAAUACAGGGAGCAGGUGUUCAGGCUCCUCAUGGCUAGCAAGAGAGACGACCCUGCCAUUGUGACACAGCUGAAGGAGCAGCACACCACGGAAAUGCAAGCACAUAUAGACAAGAUCAACGAGAUGGCUUCGGUGAUGAGGAAGGCGAUAGAGGUGGAUGAAGGGCGUACCUGUGAAGAUGAGGAGAGGAUUAAACAGCUUGAGCUGGAGAACAGUGGACUCCGAGAGCUGCUGGGAAUCAGUCGCGAGGCUUUUCUGAUUCUGAAGCGAGAAGACACGUCAGAGAGCACGUCGCUGUCGCCGUUGCUGACCAGCACUGAUGUCAGCUUACGGAAGAGUUAGAGAAAGAACUCAUGCUGACUGCCCCACCCCCCCUCCCCUUUUGUUGCCACCUCUGUGUACAGUGUGUACAGUCUGUUGCCACACUUUUUAGCCUACAGAUUUUUCCAACAAUCCUCUGUCUUCUCCUGGACGUUAACAGCAUGAUGCUCCAUAUCUGGUGAUUCAGACACAAGCAGUGUGCACGCACAUCUUCCUCAUUUUUUUUUUUUUUUUUUUUGUUGGUACUUACGUUAUUUUUGCUUAUUUUGCCAGCAUGCAUGAGUCUGUGGUGCCUGUAAGGUUUUCAUGUGUGAAUGGGUAAAAGAAGGGCUUGAGUUAAAAUAAACCUGCAAACAUCAAA